AUGACCGGAGGGAACAUUUCGUUCCCCAUCGCUUCUUCGUCCCUCUUUGCUUUCAUGAAUCCAGACAACCAAUCCGUCGCCCAACACGUGGGAAACCCUGAUUGGCUGGCCUCUUCUGCUUCGAUCUUCGCUGCUAAUGAAGAGAUUCGUUAUAACACGGACGCAGGACCUGUAGAAAGCAAGCUGAACGUGCAUCUGGUAGCACAUUCACACGAUGACCUGGGAUGGACGAGCACCAUUGACAAGUACUACGCAUUCUUCUAUCGAUGGUGGCAGCAGCAGCGAGAGGUCAUGCGCAAGAGAGUGCGUGCUCUGGUUGCAUCAGGUCAACUCGAAUUCGUCAACGGAGGGUGGGUGAUGCACGACGAGGCCAGCACACACUACACCGACAUGGUCCACCAGAUGUCGCUGGGGCUGCGCUUCCUGCGCUCCGAGUUCAACGUCACGCCGCGCAUUGCAUGGCAGAUUGACCCGUUCGGCCACUCGGCAACUCAAGCCAGUCUCAUCACUGCUCAGGCAAAGGUGACGCGGUCGAACCAUGUGAUGUUCACCAUGGGGAAGGACUUUGCCUACUCCAACGCCAUCAUGUGGUUUAAGAACAUGGACAAGCUCAUUCACUACGUCAACCUGGACGGUCGGGUCAACGCCCUCUACUCCACGCCCUCAAUUUAUCUGGACGCCAAGCAGCAAGCUGAGGAGACCUGGCCGGUCAAGACUGGCGACUUCUUCCCAUAUGCUGAUGCACCGCACGCCUAUUGGACCGGCUUCUACUCCUCUCGCCCAGCCUUCAAGCGCUACGUGCGCUCCUGCAGCGCGCUGCUGCUAGCAGCAAGUAUUCUGGAAGCAGCAGUGGGGCGAGAGGCCCUGCAAGCAUGGGGAGGCGACACCGACGGGAUGAAUCUUGUGGGAUCUGGCGCUGGCAGAAUGAUGGUCGCGAGUUUCCAUCCCUCGGAGGCGCCUAGUGUGGCAACUGGGGAGGGUGGGAGUGGCGGCGGAGACAGCAAUGCUGGUGCAGGAUACGGGUCUGCUGCUGCUACUGGUGCCGGUGGUGGUGGUGGUGGGGAUAGUAAUGGUGGUGUUCCUGGUGCUGGGAGCCGGGAGGCUCGGGCCGCGUCGACAGCAUCGCUGGGGGAGGCAGUGGCAGUGGUGCAGCACCACGAUGCCAUCACAGGCACGGCCCAGCAGCACGUGAAUGAUGACUACACACUCCGCCUGCACCGAGCAGCACAGGAGGGCUCAUUGCAGGAAGAAGGUAUUAACAGGGGGAGGCGGUUGCAGGAGAAGCCGAAGCUGCUGCUCGAGACGUGCCCUCUGCUGAACAUCUCCUUCUGCCCACCCUCGCAGUCUGGUCUUGAACCCGGCAAGACCCUGGUGAGUCCUCAAUCAGUCAAUCUUCCUGUCUGUGCUAUUACACCUCAUCCCUCAGUUUUCCUUCUUGCAACCAUCCGCUACUGCCCACCCAAGCAUGUCCCUCCCCUGCCCUCCAUUCGUCUUUUCCCCUCUCCUGCCGCUCUCCCUUUCUCCCCUCUCCUGCCGCUCCCCCUUUCUCCCCUCUCCUGCCGCUCUCCCUUCCUCCCCUCUCCCGCCGCUCUCCCUUUCUUCCUUCCUCUCUUCCCUCUCCCUCCCCUCGCCGUACCCAUCACCCCCUGCCAUCAGGUCUCCGCUCCCUCGGUCAUUGUCACAGACUCGACCCACAAGCCCAUCCCAUCACAGCUCAUCCCAGACCUCCUCCCUCGUCCAGUAAUCCGCACGUUCUACGCAGCAGCACAUGCAGGCGCCAGCGUGCCUCCAGUGGAGCAGCAGCAGGGGGUGACGUCAGUGGUGUUCCGUGCUGAGGUGCCUCCUUUGGGCUACUCCACAUUCUUCCUCACUGCAGCCCAGCCAGGAGCUGUGGGGGCAGCAGUGAGCAGCAGUGACUGGAUCUUGGGACCAAAGAAGCAGAGGGGACGGAACACGAGGAGCAAGAAGGGGAAGAAGAAAAAGAAGAAGGCAAAGAAGGAUGACUAUGAGGAGGGGGGGGAAGGAGGAGAGGGAGGGGAGGGAGGGGAGGAAGGGGAGGCAGAAGAGGAAGGGUAUGAGGAGGGGCAGGAGGAAGGGGUUGAGGCAAAAGGGGAGGAGGGCUAUGCUGGAGGGGAGGAAGGAGGGGAAGGCGGGGAAGGAGAGGAGGAGGAGGAGGUGGGCUAUGGUGUAGGUCAGGGGGAUGAGAUAGUUCUAGGGGGGGUGGUGGCUGGUCGGCCAGCAGCGCGUGUCUAUUUCUCCAAGGCUGCUCGUGGAAUGACACGUGCUGAGCUCAUCAAGCCGAAUGGCAAGGCCUUUGCCACGCUAGCAGCAGCCAACAUCAGCAGCGAAACGCUCUUUUACUCAUCUGCAGAGUCAGGAGCAUACAUCUUCAAGCCCACAGCAGACGGUGCGCUGCCGUUCCGGCCUUCGCAGUAUGAUUGGGCGUACAUCUUCAAGCCCACAGCGGACGGUGCGCUGCCGUUCCGCAGGAAGCAGAGGGUGCCGAUCCGCGUGCUGCGAGGGCCCAUCGUGGAGGAGUUUCACCGCCAGGUGGCGCGUGACGUGUCCGAGGUGUAUCGAGUUUACCCGGGGGAGAAUUACGCCGAGCUUGGCUACUCCAUAGGGCCUCUUGUUGAGGAUGGGUCCCUGGGGAAAGAGGUUGUUGCCUCCUUCUCCUCUUCCAUUCAGAGUGGCGAUAUCUUUCACACGGACUCCAACGGCCGUGACUACCUCAAACGAGUUCGUGACUCUCGCCCUGACUGGACCCUCACAGUCAAGGAGCCCAUAGCAGGGAACUUCUACCCCGUGACGGUGGGGGCGUUCAUCGGGGAUGGGGAGGCACAGCUGUCGCUGCUGGUGGACCGAGCAGCCGGUGCUGCCAGCCUGGCAGCCGGACAGCUCGAAGUCAUGCUGCACCGGUGGUGGGAUCACUCCGCUUCGCAGUGCUGCCAGACACACGGGCACGGCCAGGCACACCCCCACAGCAGGCAUCAGGCGGGGCAGCAGCAGGGGCCUUCUGGCGGAGAGAUCACUCCCAGAGGAUGCUGUCCCCGCUGCAGCUCGCUUUUGCUGUCGAGCGUAUGCAGUGGGAGGGAGGUGAGGGCGGAAGGUUCACACUCACUGCUGUGUCCACCUCUGCCUGUUGCUCUCCUCCACACUCCCUCCUCAUGCGCUUCUUCUCUCUUCUCAAUUUCCUUCGUCUCUUCAGUCGACUGA